AAUAUCCGAUCCAAAAUAUUAACAUUCCACUUUCAAUUAAUUAUUACUCGUAUUUGGAUAUUUGGAUCGGACCGGAUUAUGUUACUUUCCAGUUCCCGCGCAAUAGACCUGUCCUCACCCUAAACAAACACACACUUCUACGUCUUUUUUUUUUUUGGCUCCGAAAAAGCAAGAAUUGUACACAACUACACAUCACAAUUUCACAACACCAUUAAUUUGGUUUUUGCAUAUAUUUGACAUUAACCUCAACUUCUCACAAUCCCACGCAAUAUAUAUGUUCUCCCUCUGAUAAAACUCGCACAAACUGCAUACCUAAAUUUCUAAAAUCACAGACGAAGAAGCAGAAGCUGUUCUCUUCGCAACACCAUUAAUCUACUGAUCCAAUGCCUCCUACUAGAGAGGAUAUCAUCUUUGAAUUGUUUUCUGAUGAAGUUAUUAUCGACUUUGAAACCGAAAAGUGUCCCACUCCUGCUCCCGCUCCCGCUCCCAGAGUGGUUUAUGAAGACCCUGAGGAGCUUGAAUUGCGUAAAAAUAUGCGCCGAAAAGUGCAGGAAGGUUGGAAUUAUCAGGAAACCUUAUACUACAGAUGAUUAUCAUAUUCUAGGAACUCCUUUGAUUGAAUUGUCCUCUCUUUGCAUACAUCUUGAUGACGGCAAUCCGUCUUUUGAUGUUUAUGGUUUUAUCUGCCUUGUUGAUGAUGAUCAUCACAAGGGUGGAGUGGAACACCUUUUCUUUCACCGUGAUUUCAGUGAUUCGCUCAAUGUUAGUAGGAAGGAUAAGCAACCUGCUACCCUUCAUAGAGCCGUACUCCAAGGCCCUUUUCUGCUACCAGACCGUUUUAAGUUGAAGUUGAAACUUGUAGACAAGAUUCGAGAUGUUGUAAUCAUUGAUGUUGUUAACGUGUUUGAUUUAGAUGGCAUUGUUUACGACAAAGAACAUCAAUUAAUGUUUUCUGGGAAUGGGAGUGGGAUGGUCACUCUGAAUUAUACUAUGCUUAAGUAUGGACUCUUAGCUCGUGUGGCAUUAACUGUUCUAAAAAACCAUGGAAGGAGCAUACGUGGUAUAAGUGUUAUGAAUGACACUGUUAGUGGUUUAAAUGUUGGGGGUACCAUCUUUGCUACCACUGUCAUGGAGAGUGGUGAAGAAAUAUCAUGCGUCAUAUUUGCAUGUUCCUUACUCCGCAUACAUUGCUGCUUCCUUUGGCAGUACCCGCAUAUUCCUUCCUUUGACUUAAAGCAGAUUUAGUGGUUGACGGUCAGCCAUUUGUUAGUGACUUUGCUUUGGAAUUCAUACCCACCAGCAUGCUUGGAAGGAAAGAAAUUGCAGGGCAGAAUUGGCGUAUUCUAGUGGUGGUGGAUUGGAAAAAUCCAAAUAUAUCUAAUGAUAUGGAACGAUGCUUUAGAAAUUUUCAGAUGAUACCAAGAAGUUUAGUUGACUUUGAUCCAGUUCCACCAGGUCUUUUCCAAAAGGACGUAUUUUUUGACCCUAAUAAGUGUAGUACUGAUUACCCUCCCGAACAAAGUGAACAACACUCUGGCUGUGGAAAUAAUACUACUGAUCACUCUAUGCAAGGAUGUUUUCUCGAGUUGGCCACUAAAAAGGAUAGUUCUGAAGGAUCAACCUCAAGUACUAAACGUCAAAUGACAGUUUAUUAUCUACUUGAAACAAACUCAGACCAUACAGGCAAAAGUACCAUUGAGGAGCCUCAUCGAAAGAGGUCCAAGCUACUUCAUGAUGAUCUAUUGUCAGAUGUGAGCAAUCAGAGUAUUCGGCCCUUAUUUAAGCUGUUGAAAUAUAAUCGAACGCUUGUGGAGGUUUUCUCAAUUUAUAUUGGCUCUUUUGGUCGUUCUGGUGAUGCUUUGCAACUCUAUGGGAAAAUCUCAAGUUAUGAUUAUUUUAACGUAUAUGAUAUCUUUAAUAGAGACAAGAUGAAUCCUGUCAAGUUGCAUCCCCAUACAAAUGUAGUCCCGGUAGAGCAGCCUCAUUGUUAUGAAGCCUUCCGUGUACAUUUUGGAAUGUUUUUUGACCUCAAGGAUGUUGAAGGGCAUGAAAUUAGCAGAGGUUAUUUGGAAUGGAAUUAUCAUUCGAUUUAUGGAAUGAAAGACCGGCGGAUCUGUUCGAUUGUACGAGGCAGACAUGGGUUUGCAGCUGUUCAUUAUACAAUCUUUGAGCAUGGUGUAUCAGCUAAUCUGAAGGUUACUUUGCUGUCUGAGAAAAGUAGUGAUGUUUGUCGAGUUCAUGGGAAGAUAUGGGGUAGCUAUAGCACCUACGAAUACGAGAAAGCCUACGAAAAGGAAUACUAUCGAAGCAUGAUUUUUGAAAAGGGCAGGGCUGAGUAUGUGGAGGUAGAGCCUAUGAAAGAACAAUUUGUGGAGGCAGAUGGUGGUGGAGGAGUACCGUUGUCGAAACGUAAAGUUGCUGUGCCAGUGGAUGCUUCCUUCAUUGUUGAAGUUAACUUAAAUGUUGAAGGUGAGUAUGGCGAGGCACUAAGAGGUAUAGCAACUUUUAACUAUGUAAAGCCUAAACUUAAUAAAAUAUGUUCUGAGGUGGUUAAAAUUGAAGGCUGGAACUAUAGCUUAUUAGUGUGUGUGGGUUGGCAUUGACAAUUCAAUGUUAGUUAUGGAUAUAUGAUGUCAAGUGUUGUAUUGAGUCUAGAAAGAGUUGAGACUAAGUUGUGUGUGUGUUAUUAUUAAUAUGGAUGUCAAGUAGAUAGUUUUAAUUUUGAUUGGAACUAUUAAUGGAAGUCAUUUUGCAUCUAAAGUUCAAAAUUCACGACAAUUGUUGGAAAAUCUACACAUUUUGUGUGGAAUCCAGGGUACUAAAGCAACUUUGUUCUGCUCAAAGUUUUAAGCUUCAAAUUUGUUAUUGCAAAUAUUAAUGA